UGUGUGUGUGUGUGUGUGUGUCCAGAUAAACACACCCAGCUGAACAGCGCCCUCUUCAGUAUGAACGGACAGACGGGGUACGUGCUGCAGCCGGAGCUCAUGCGCUAUGAUAGCUACGACCCCAACCAGGAGAAGAAGAAGGUCAAGUACGAAAUCGCUGUUAGGGUGAUCGCUGCCAGACACCUUCCCAAGCCGGGCCGCAGCAUCGUCAGUCCCUUCGUGGAGAUCGAGCUGUGUGGCCACACAGAAGAGAAGUUCAAGACCAUCGUCUGCCGUGAUAACGGUCUGAACCCGGUGUGGAAGUCCCCGGAUGACUCAGCGGUGUUCACGGUGUUCGAGCCUGAACUCACCUUCCUGCGCUUCGUGGUCAACGAGGAGGACAUGUUCUCAGACCCCAACUUCGUGGCUCAGGCUACAUUUCCUGUGAAAGGCAUCCGCUCAGGGUACCGCUCUGUCCCUCUGAAGAACGGCUACAGCGAAAACUUGGAGUUAGCCUCUCUGCUGGUCUACAUCAAUGUACAACAAGCAGGGAAAGCGGAGGAGGAGCUGUACUCGUCCUCCAGCCAGCUGAAGAAGAGGCAGGCGGAGGUGGGGGGCGAGCCCUUUCUGUACGAAACACACACCAACCUCCAGCGCGCUGCCCCCCCUUCCCAACACACCUUCCUGGCCAGAGAGGGCAGCACUCAAAGGUGAAAAGACAAAAAGAUGAACAUCAGUGAAUUCCA